AUGCCAGUAGAAUUUGUAGUUAGUGAGGCAAAAUUGUUGAAAACUAUUAAAGUUAAGUUGGAAAAUGAUGGCCUUUUCGUCACACCUAUCUAUUCCAAUAAUGAUGGGAAAGUUAUAAAGUCUUCCAUUGAGAACCUCGAUCAUCCAUUGGCUAUCGAAAUUAACAGUAUAGCAGGCGUUAAAGCUCGUUUUCAUAGAAGUGAUAACUGGGAACAUAGUGGAGGACGUUUGAAACACCAAAGCAACAGUAUUAUGGAAUUUACAAAAGGCUUUUUAAAAGAGCAUGCAUUUGGUAAUGAUAAGAUAUUUUUAUCUCGUCUACUAGAUCAUUUACCUCUAAAAUACACAAUAUAUCCACCAGUUGUACUAUUUAAUAAUUCUACCGUGAGAUCUUUUAAUCAUUCAGUCUGGCAAAAAGCAUUCCAACUGAAACUCGUCGAUCCAAAUGAGUAUUACAGUGAGCUAUUAUGUUUUCUUUCUCCCAGAAAUUCAGGUGAAAACACAAUUCAUCAUCCUAACGAUCGACUGCUCACUCAUCUAGCUAUAAACAAUCCUAUCACAGAGACAGAUAUAUUGCGAAGACCAUUCAAUAUCCAACCGUUAUAUGGGAAAUUAAUCAAUGACGGUGUUUUAGAUGAUAAUGAUACCUCGUUAUGGGAAACCCCCGGUCAAGGACAACUGAAUUCGAGCAUAUGGUGUAAGGUCAUACAGAAUGGUGUGACACAAAUUUGGUCUCCAGUUUUUACCAUGUUUAGUAGAGGAAAUAUUAGGGAGAAGAAAAGAAUUUUGGCUACUUUUCCAGAUAUUUGCAAUAACGAUGUGGUCGAUUUAUAUGCAGGAAUAGGUUAUUUCACUUUUAGCUACUUAACAAAGGGCGCCAGGACCCUUUUUGCAUUUGAACUAAACCCUUGGAGUGUAGAAGGAUUAAAGCGCGGCUUAAAGGCAAACGGAUUUGAUAAAGCCGGGAACUGUCAUGUUUUCCAAGAAUCUAAUGAAAUGUGUGUUCAAAGGGUUACUGAAUUCUUAUCUCAGAACCCAGGAUUUCAGUUACGUAUUAGGCAUAUUAACUUGGGUCUCCUGCCUUCAAGUAGGCAAGGGUGGCCAUUGGCCAUCAAAUUGAUCUACCUACAGGGAGCUUCUUUGGAGAAAGUGACAAUGCAUAUACACGAAAAUGUACACAUAGAUGCAAUCGAGGAUGGAAGUUUCGAAAGAAGUGUCAUAGCAGAACUGGAAACUAUUAAUGAGUCAAUCGCACCAAUUAAAAACCGUGACAUCAAACCACAGUUUGCGAACUCUGGGCUUGAACGUAUAAAGACUUUUGCACCGGAUAUUUGGCAUGUAUGCUUUGAUGUCGACGUUGUGGUAAAUACUUAA